AUGGCAGGACUACUGGGUCUUGGAACUUCCUCCACAGUAGGAAUCUUCGCCUCUAAACCCUUCUCUUCUCAGUCUCACUGCUCCAAGUUUCCAUCUUUUUCUCUCUCUCCAUCUCCAGGGAUAAGUCUGGGAAGGAAGUUUUGUAGAGGAAUUGGAGUACCAACCAAGAAAGAGAGAUCUCAAUUCCACGUUUUAGUUUCUAAUGUUGCCACUGAAGUUAAUCCUGCUCAAGAGCAGGCACAAAAGCUUGCAUCGAAGGAGUCCCAGAGACCAGUUUAUCCGUUUGCAGCUAUAGUAGGACAAGAUGAGAUGAAAUUGUGCCUUUUGUUGAAUGUGAUUGACCCAAAGAUCGGAGGUGUGAUGAUAAUGGGUGAUAGAGGAACUGGGAAGUCCACGACUGUUCGCUCAUUGGUGGAUUUACUUCCUGAAAUUGAAGUAGUUGCGGGUGAUGCAUUCAAUUCGGAUCCAGAUGACCCAGAAGUACAGGGCAUGGAAGUUAGAGAAAAACGUAAGAAAGGUGAAGAACUCCCUGUGAUCUCAAUCAAAAUCAACAUGGUUGAUUUGCCAUUAGGUGCCACAGAAGAUCGAGUAUGUGGGACAAUUGACAUCGAAAAAGCCCUUACUGAGGGUGUGAAGGCGUUUGAGCCUGGUCUUCUUGCGAAAGCUAACAGAGGAAUUCUUUAUGUUGACGAGGUUAAUCUUUUGGAUGACCAUUUAGUAGAUGUUCUUUUGGAUUCUGCUGCCUCGGGAUGGAAUACUGUUGAAAGGGAGGGAAUCUCAAUAUCACAUCCAGCCCGGUUCAUACUUAUUGGUUCUGGAAAUCCAGAAGAGGGAGAACUUAGGCCACAACUUCUUGAUCGUUUUGGAAUGCAUGCACAAGUCGGGACUGUUAAGGAUGCAGAGCUUAGGGUGAAAAUUGUGGAGGAAAGAGCACGAUUUGAUAGAAAUCCAAAAGAAUUCCGGGAAUCUUACAAGGCAGAGCAAGAAAAGCUCCAGCAACAAAUUUACUCUGCUAGGAGUUGUCUCUCAUCUGUCACAAUCGAUCAUGAACUUAGAGUUAAAAUCUCAAAGGUCUGUGCUGAAUUGAAUGUUGAUGGAUUGAGAGGCGAUAUAGUGACCAAUAGGGCAGCGAAAGCUUUGGCUUCUCUUAAAGGAAGAGAUAAAGUAACUGCAGAGGAUAUUGCUACUGUCAUUCCCAACUGCUUGAGACACCGACUUCGAAAGGAUCCUCUGGAAUCAAUUGACUCUGGAGUACUGGUGAUUGAGAAAUUCUACGAGAUUUUUGGCUGA